UUUUUCUUUUUCCUGAAGCAAAAAUCCCAAGUCUUCUUUGGACGUAAAAAUCUUGCAGGCUGCAGCCUCCCCCCUCUGGAAACUACAAAACAUUUUCAUUUCUUGGAAGAAGAAGACUCUCAGUUUUUUACACUACCAGACAGAAUACUCAGAGUUCUAGAACAUCGAAUAUUCAGUUUGAUGAUUUGGGGUCUGCCACAUUGAUGCGAUUCAGACAUGACCCGAAGGAAUCUAGACGGGAAGAAGCAGUCCUUCAUUCGGAAUAUUUUUGGCAGAAAGGAGAGAAAUGGAAGGAAAUCGAAUAAAGGCUCAUUAGAUUUCCCUGAAGAACAGCCUGGUUCAACAUUUAAGAGUCUAUUUUUCCCUGGCUUAGGACGUCCAAUGCCUCUUGGUCAAGAUCUUAAGACCUUCAGAGUCUUUGCAGCCACAUGGAAUGUAGGAGGGAAAUCUCCACAUAAUGGCCUUAACCUGGACGAUAUUCUUCACGCAGACCAAUCGGACAUAUAUGUCUUGGGUUUUCAGGAAAUUGUCCCUUUAAAUGCUGGGAAUGUGCUAGUGAUAGAAGAUAAUGAGCCUGCAGCAAAAUGGUUAGCUUUGAUCAAUCAGUCACUAAAUAAAUCAUCUGACUCGGCUUCAAGAGGAUUAAGACCCUCGGCCUCCCUUGCUGGUUCCUUGUUCUUCUCAAAGCCUUCCCUUAAAAAGGUCAGUAAGACUUUUAGGGUCGAGAGCGGAAGGAAGCUGAAGACUUGCAACUGCAUUCCUGAAUUAGAAAGGAAGCAGAGUAAGGAUUUCUGUUUCCGAAACCAACCACAUAUAAGCGAAGAUGAAUUUUCUUUAGAAGAAGAUGAUGAUGUAUCUAAUGGAUUUGGCAUUGGGGAGAUAUCCAUUCCUUCAAGUAAUGACCAGAUGAAGUACAGCCUUAUAGCCAGUAAGCAAAUGGUGGGAAUUUUUGUCACCGUGUGGGUGAGGAAGGAGCUUGUGCAGCAUGUAAGCCACUUAAGGAUCUCCUGCAUUAGUCGUGGGAUAAUGGGCUGCCUCAGAAACAAGGGGUGUAUUUCUGUGAGCAUGUCACUCCAUCAGACAAGCUUUUGCUUUGUCUGCAGUCACUUGGCAUCUGGAGAGAAGGAGGGGGAUGAGCUUAGAAGAAAUACGGAUGUCAUAGAAAUACUGAAAAACACUCAGUUUUCAAAGAUAUGCAGAUCACCUUAUAGUAGGGCGCCGGACAAAAUUCUUGAACACGACCGGGUUAUAUGGUUAGGGGACUUGAAUUACCGAAUAGCUUUGAGCUAUGCUGAGACGAGAAAGCACCUGGAGCAGAAUGCUUGGGAUGCACUUCUGGACAAAGAUCAGCUCAAAAUUGAAAGAGAAGCAGGGCGAGUAUUCCAGGGAUGGAGAGAGGGAAAGGUCUACUUUGCACCCACGUACAAGUACUUCUACAACUCAGACACCUAUGCUGGAGAGGCAAAUUCAAAAAAGAAAAGGAGAACUCCAGCAUGGUGUGACAGAAUACUGUGGUACGGAGCAGGGAUACGGCAACUUUCUUACAUACGUCGGGAGUCUCAGUUUUCUGACCACCGCCCUGUUUGUGCAACAUUUUUGGUGGAUGUUGAUGUGGUAACGGGCGGAAUAAAGAAGGGACUAUCUGAUUCUAACAUGAAAGUUGGGAUUGAAGAGCUCUUACCUCCAAGAGUAGCACAACACAACAAAAGCCUGAAGAGGCCCCCCUAGGCAAAGAAAAAAGCCAGGUACUAAUGCCCUUAUCACAGUCGACUGAAGAAAUAUUCAAAUUUUGUUGAUCAUAUGAGAUUAAGUUGGGCAACCUCUACAGAGCAUUUUGCAACCGGCCAAGGUGUAAAUUGUUCUCAAAUAUGCUUCUGCUCAAUGUACUAAUGAUUCUGAAUUCUGACUCCUUGGAGGCAAUGAUUGGUGAUGCUUAUGCUUCAGAGAAAUUCUCCAUAUUUGUCUGUAAGUCAAGUUAUUUCUCAAUGCCAUUCAUGGGAGAAAAGCUUAGAGGAGGUACUUCUGCAUAUCCUUGCCCAAAUGAGUUCAAAGGAAACGUUGGACAUCUGCCUGGUUCUGAGGCUACAUUGACUCAAUCUGAUCUGUAUUGAAAUAUUUUUCAAUGUAAUUACAAUUUUUUUGGACUGAGUGAUAGCAAUCUGUUAGUUUGAAUGUCAAGGAUUACAGUGAGAACAUUUUAAGAACAUGUUUUUUGCACAGAAGCUUAGGUAAAGGUAAUCAAGUAGCAUUAUUUUUUAAA